AUGGAUGAGCCUGGUGGAGACACCCUACUGUUCACACAGCCCGCAGCACCAGUGGCCCCCCUGACACGCAAGGGCAAACCCAGGCCCAAGAACAAGACUCUGUCAGACACAAGACCAGGGGCGCCUCGAGAGGUGGAUGUAGACGCCUUCGCGCUUGGUGUCCCUUCUUCUAACUCCUCCUCUGAGUUCAAUCUGGAUGGACAAACCCUCAUGCAUGAGGAUGCCUCGGACGGGGUUCAAGUCACACAACCUCCUGGACUCACGACAGACACCCCACGCAGUCAGCCAAAGCGACGCGGCCGGCCUCCGAAAGUAGCAUCAGAUCGCCAACACAGAUCCAGCGCUCCGAUGGCAGUAGCACCACGACCAUCGGCUGAUCGUCGCCCUUCAGCAUCCUCCGUCGACUCUUUUCACUCCACCCACGUCGACGGGAUUUCAAGCACUCUCGAGAAGAAGACGCGCCUUCGCGCCCGCAACCGAGAGGCUGCGCACAAGUGUCGCGUACGCAAGCAACGCGGCAUCGAAGACCUGCAGACACAAGAGGCGGCCAUCGGUGCCGUCAACCAGAACCUCAAAAACCAGUAUGCCGAGCUACGCAGUGAAGUCAUCCUGCUUAAGGACAUGGUACUCCAGCACAGUGGCUGCGGCUGCUCUUUUAUCGAGAGUUACAUUGAAGACGCUGCCGCCACUUUAUCGCAGAGAUCUGACAGCUUCACUACAAAUCGGCAUGGCUCUUCCAGCAGCGGCAUCUCCCCGGCCGCCAGUUGGUCGCCUGCAUCUACACAGGGAGCAGGAUCGACUGGAUUUGCGACUUUGGAGGACGGGAAUAGUCGUCCUCCACAAUACGACUGGGACGUAGCAGAAGCGUCAAUGCCGUACCAUGAAGUGGUACAGAUGGGAAACUUUCCCAACACAUACAACGGGAACAACCAAGGAUUGGUAUUGAACGACAUUGCGCACUGGAUGGGACCUUCUGAUUCAGGGUAA